UGGAGUGUCCCUCCCAGGCUCUGCCCUGUCUGCUUCAUUCCGUGCAGGGCACCGAGGGGGAAGGGUCUCUGGCGGAGGAGAACUGCUGGCUGGUGCAGAGACCGAGGUCGGUUCAAGUCCUGGGGCAGCAUCACACAGAGGGCAGCAGCAGGAGGAAGAGGUAGCAGCUCCUGCCCUGGUGAACUAUAAGAAAUGCUCUCCCGAUUAAGAGUAGUUGCCACUCCCUGUGCACUGGCAUGUCGCACCGUGCACACGAAAGAAAAAGGCAAGCCGCUGAUGUUAAAUCCAAGAACAAACAAGGGCAUGGCCUUUACAUUACAGGAAAGACAAAUGCUUGGGCUCCAAGGACUUUUACCUCCUAAAAUAGAGACACAAGACAUUCAAGCCUUACGCUUCCAUAAGAAUUUGGCAAAAAUGAGUGACCCCUUGGAAAAGUAUAUCUACAUAAUGGGAAUCCAAGAGAGAAAUGAAAAGUUAUUCUACAGGAUAUUACAAGAUGAUAUCGAGAGAUUAAUGCCAAUAGUAUAUACACCAACAGUAGGUCUAGCCUGUUCCCAAUAUGGACAUAUCUUUAGGAGACCAAAAGGAUUAUUUAUUUCUAUCUCAGACAGAGGUCAUAUUAGGUCAAUUGUGGACAACUGGCCAGAAACUGAUGUUAAGGCUGUUGUAGUAACUGAUGGAGAGAGAAUAUUAGGUCUUGGAGAUCUGGGUGUCUAUGGAAUGGGAAUUCCUGUAGGAAAACUAUGUUUGUAUACAGCAUGUGCUGGAAUACGGCCAGAUAAAUGCCUGCCUGUAUGUAUCGACGUUGGAACUGACAAUCUAACCCUAUUAAAAGAUCCUUUUUACAUGGGCCUGUACCAAAAAAGAGACCGCUCACAGCUUUAUGAUGACCUGAUUGAUGAGUUUAUGGAAGCCAUUACAGACAGGUACGGCCAUAACACACUUAUUCAGUUUGAAGACUUUGGGAAUCAUAACGCUUUCCGUUUUUUGAGGAAAUACAGAGAGAAAUAUUGCACCUUCAAUGAUGACAUUCAGGGGACAGCUGCAGUGGCCUUAGCAGGAAUGCUGGCAGCACAGAAGGUUGUUGGGAAAGCAAUCACAGAGCAUAAAGUUUUGUUUCUUGGAGCAGGAGAGGCUGCUCUUGGAAUUGCAAACCUCAUCGUUAUGGCUAUGAUGGAAAGUGGUAUUUCUGCAGAGGAAGCAUAUAAGAAAAUAUGGAUGUUUGAUAAAUAUGGCCUGUUGGUUGAGGGCCGAGAACAAAAGGUAGACGCCAAUCAAGAACCAUUUACGCACCAACCCCCCGACCAGGUGCCAAAGACAUUUGUAGAUGCGGUGAAUGUACUUCAGCCGUCAGCUAUUAUUGGAGUUGCAGGGGCUGGCCGACUCUUUUCACAUGAUGUGAUCAAAGCCAUGGGUUCCAUCAAUGAAAGACCUAUAAUAUUUGCACUAAGUAACCCUACAGUGAAAGCUGAAUGCACUGCUGAGGAAGCUUAUACAUUAACAGAGGGGCGGUGUUUGUUUGCCAGUGGCAGUCCGUUCGAGCAUGUGGUUUUGAAAGAUGGACGAUCCUUCAAACCAGGCCAGGGAAACAAUGCCUAUAUUUUUCCAGGUGUGGCUCUGGCUGUAAUCCUCAGCGGUGUUCGGCAUAUUAGUGAUAAGGUCUUCCUUGAGGCUGCAAAGACAUUGACAGACCAGUUGACUGAUGAGGAACUUGCCCAAGGAAGACUUUAUCCACCACUGUCCAACAUCAAAGAAGUUUCUAUUUGCAUUGCUGUUAAAGUUAUGGAAUUUAUGUACGCAAACAACAUGGCUUUCCAUUACCCCGAACCUGCAGACAAGAACCAAUAUAUACAAUCAAAGAUUUGGAGCUACGAAUACGAAUCCUUCAUGCCAGACGUGUAUGACUGGCCUGUGUCUACGGGCAAAGCCAGCUGAAAUGCACUGACAUACUAAAGAUCGCACUCCUCGGGUGCUGUCUUCUACUCUGCAGGGAAUCUUUUUCAGACCAAUUUACGAUAAUGACUUUUGCAACUUGUAACUUAUUUUCCCUCAUUUUGUUGUCUCCACUCCAUCCCCUCAUUUUUCUGCGUGACUGAUUUUUUCCCAUAAGAAUCUGAUCAACUAUAUUGGUGAUGGUUCACAUCACAUGAAUGGUAUAGCUGUCCAAAAUUCAUUUAAAUGACAGUAAUGUAACUGAAGUUUAGAGCCCUCUUCACAUCAGAGAAUUUUUAAAUGGUAUUUUAGCCAUAGAUAAAUGAUAAUGAACUGUAUUCUCCGUCUCAUCAUUGCUGAUUGCCAAGAUAUUUGCUUUUGAUUUUUAAUAAUAAGUCUUCUGUCUAGUUUCUUCAUUGUCAUCACGAACAAUGAAUUGUCGCAUCACAGAAAGAAUCUGUCAA